CAUUCUGUUUUGGAGCAGAAGACAAUACCAGAAAAUCUGCCAUCCCCAACAGACAGAUAUAAACUGAAGUAUCGUCAGUAUGAAGGAGAUAUGAAGGAAAAAUAUAAGCAGUAUUCUCAGAGAAUUGCAGAAAAGAAAAAAGACCACCUCCGGUGUCCAGAAGCUUCAAUAAAGUCUGACACAAUCAUGUCAUCUGCUUUCCAAGGAGUAACUCCUUUAUAUGCUGUACUGCAAGCCCAUCAAAAGGGUGUUUACAGGAACAGCCAAGUUAAUCCGAAACUGAAGAAGUAA